UCCAGCCUGGGCGCCUGCUGCCCCGGGGCUUUCCGGCUCGCGGAUUUUGGGGAAAGGGCAUGGUUCUCGGAGGCUGCCGAGUGUAGAGGGGCUCCCUGGGGCUCCCACUCCUGCAGGGCUGGGCAGGGGCUGCGGGCCGUACUGCCAUGAGCCGGGCAGCCCUGCGGGCGGGGCGCAGCCGGAACUGAGCGCCCUGAAGCCGGGAGUAGGCAGGGCACCGACGGCGCCACCUUCACCCCACGGCGACCCUUUUUAGUCAGAAAAUAAGUUUGUUGCUCUGCCGGGCAGCUAGAGAACAAGUAGCCUAGACCGCAUAAUGCUUGGGGAAUCGUUAGAAUCCGCUCCUUCAACUGGUUCAGGCUGUUGCCCCUUCUCCGUGCGCCCUCGCUCCCGGCGCGCGGUUCUUGGCGAGAGUUUCCUUCCGAUGUUGAUACUCCGGGCUCCGAUUGUCCGGCUGUGCAGCCCACGGUAGAGAAAGGCGAACUUGGGCUGUAAUUUGAGGCGAUUUAGGACUCAGGGGAACAGGGGGUCGGUAGCCGUGGUGGAGGGAGCCCUGGCGAAACAGACAUGGACUUUGGAGGCGCCCACUCUGUGCCAGGCUCUGUCUGAGCGCGGGGGGUAUAGCGGCGAAUCACUCCGUCCGGGUCCCCGCUCUUGUGACACGUUACGUGGUAUACCCAGGCUCUGCCCAGGGAGCUUGUCGGGUUGGCGUGAAAAUUUCCACCAAUUUCAGGGGGAUUUGCAGUUUCUUUGCAAUGGCAAAGACUACCGCCUCGUCUGCUCCUUCGACCCAGACGUCCACGAGAUGUGCGCCGGGCACCCCACGGACACCAACCCGCACUCUGCUUCUGGAACGGAGCAGAGGGCUCAAAACCUGUGUGCAUUUUCUCUUUGUGCUUCGUGUAUACAUUGUUACUUACUAAAGGUGUGGAGUUGGGGGUAAGAAGACGCGAGCCAGUCAAGGAGUCUGAUGCAUGGGAACAUUCUUGCAGCACAGCGGAUCCCCAGCAAGGAGGCAGCUUCGCUCAAAGCGAAGCUAAGGAGGUUGGUUGCUGCUGGCUGGGGUCUCCAGAUUUGCAGCGAAAUGGCUUGCGGAGGUAGUGUAGGGCGAAUCAGUGUGACUGAUCACUCUGGGUGGGUGGUCUGCGUGGAGGUGGGGUGGUGGAUCUUGGGGUGCGUUGGAGGUUUGUUUGCAAGGAGGAGCUCCUGGAAGGAAAGCUCCUGGAACUUUUUCUAGUUUUCCUGCUGAAAUCAACAUAGGGGCGGGGACAUGUUUGUCGGAAUAACUUGUCUUUUGAUUGCACGGGAAGAGUCUGCAGUUUCUUGUGAUGGGAGCUUGAUAUUUUAAGGAAUAAUUCCAUGUAAUUGAUUUGUUUAGUCACUCAGAGGAACAAUUUGGAAUGUGCUCUUAUUUUUGUAUUUUGAGAUCUGCGGUUUAUGUCCUUUAAGGAGUGGGGUAGAUUUGCAGCAGGCAGGUCCACGCAGAAGCAUUUACAUUCGGGCUGAUGAGCAAGUUUGUUCUGUCUCUGCCCAAGUGAGUGAAAAAGAGCACUGUGUCAAGGAGACAGACACCUCGAGGUGCUUUUUGUGGCAUUCAUGAGAAAAGUCACGUUUCUCCCAUAACUUUAUUCUUGCUCUCUUUGCCUUGAUUUCAUUCAAGACUUAGGUGACUGUCCACAAUGCAGGGUGGGAAUGUUAGGUUGCUAAGGAUAAAAAAAAAAUUGCUUGGGAAUAUUGUUUUCGCCACCUUAUAAAAUGCUACUGAUUUUUGUUUGUUUAAACCAACUUCAACUGCUCUGGAUUGAUGAGAAGGAAUGGUAAUGGUAAACCUCAUUAUUUUUCAGUGUGGAUUCUGCCAGGUUGGAGGUGACCUGCAUUGAGAAACUGACCUUUUUAAAUUAGGGGGUAAGACUAAUCAGGGAAAAGACCUGCUGUUUAAGGGUGCAGGUCAGAUGCAUGAAAAUUUCAGCAGAGGCAGAUUUUCUACUUUGCAGUCUUUAUGAAAACAGCUUUUAGUUCCUUUAACUUGGGGGACUUUGUCUCCUUGAGUCAGCCUAGCACCUCUUUCUCUAGUCAUUUCAUAUUGGUGGGACAUUAAGAGUGAAUAGAGAGCAAGCCUCUUAAUGUUGGCUUUUAUAUCAUCCACUGAUUUUACCUAGUUCACUUUCUUUUUUUCUUUUUUUUUUUAUUCAGAAGUAGGUUUUCUAAUUAUUUUCCCUGUAAGCACUAAAUCUUUUGGCUGGAAUUUUUCUUCUGAAAGGUACACAGGACAUCUGUUACUUGAGUUUAUUUCUUAAAAAUAAAGGUAACCUGAGUGAUUAUACUUUUCGGAAGAAAACUCCUUUAUAGUUCCAAAUAAUGCCAAGUUUGAUAAUUGUUUUAACUUGUCUGAUUCUUCUUGAUUAUACUCAGAGACAUUGACAUCAUGUACUUUAGCUUUAAUCUUGAUUUUUACUUAAAGAAUUUAAUCGUUUGUGAAAACAUGUUUUUAUGUGAUUUUAAUUGAAUUAGUUUAUUUUAUUUGGUAAGCAGGGAGAUGUCUGUAUGCACAGAUGUGGAAAGUUUUCUUGUUUUCAUUUUCUGUAACACAGUAUCUUAAAUCUGAGGGGGGAGACCAGAUUUAUUACCUAGACUUACUGGUCUUUAUUUUUUAUUAUACACUAUCAGAAGAAAAUUUGACCAUACUCACUAAAAUUUAUUUCUAAGUUAUACACAUAUACUGUUAUAUUCAUAUAAUUAUAUUAUAAAAUAUGUAUAAAAAAGCUAAAGGAUAAAUAAGGCAAAAAUUAUGAGACAGAAGUUCUAAUAUUUUUAUGUACUCCAGUGAAUACAGCCCACUUUGGAAAUCACUGAUAGUUUGGGAGUUUUUACCGUUUCUUAUCUCUGGCUUUGCCAUUCACCAUCUUUGAUACAGUAGCCAGUUGGAAAACUGCUAGAACUCUGUGUCUCCUGUAACAGAUGGGUUAAGAGCAUUGUUUCCUGGUCAUGAACACAUGUGGAUGGAAUGAGGCAGAAGAGAUGAAUGUAAUAGAGGGGUUGUCCUGGAUCUCCCAAAUGGGAUAUACAGAUGAAAAAAAAAAGUUUAAAUUUAAAGAAUGAAGUUCCAGUGGUUAAAAAAGUGAGGAAAUCAGUAAGAGUGAGGAAAAGAAAGACAUUUUCCAUGUUGCAGUAUUGUGUGGAGGGUGGAAAGAUCAAAAACCUUGGAGAUUAACCUGGAUGUGGCCCUACCACUUAUUACAUUCAUGAUAUUGGACAGGAUAGUUCCAUAACUUCUUGGAGUUUUCGUUUCCUUAGCUAUAAACUUUGAUAACAUUUAUUUCGAGCCAUCAUGAUAGGGAUUAAACCUGAGAGUAUAGGUAUGGAGCUUAGUUCUGUUAGGUUGGGGAGGUUAACAGCUGUAACAAAUGAAUCAGAAAAGUGUACUUCCUCCAAUAUGACAUACUGUCAUUCCUGUUAAGUCCCCAACUGGAUGAUCUUGGCAGCAUUCCUCCAAGACUUCUGUCAUCUUCAGCAGGGUCACUUCAGCCUUGGAAGGAGAAGGACUUGGAGAAUGUUAAUUGCUCAGACCUGCAGGUCUCCAUAUAACUUUGCUUUCAUUUCAUUGGCCAGAACUCAGUUGUAUGUGGGUGGAUCUUACUAUAAGAGAGGCUGGGCAAUGUGGUACAGCUGGGUUUCCAGGAAGGAGAAGAAAUGGUUGGGGGAACAGCCAGCACUUCUGACACUGUAUCACUAUAUGUGACAUUUCCUCCAUGUUCAGUAAAUGUUACUUCUUUUCCUUCCCCCAACCCUGGUUUUCCUGGCGGAAAAGCCAGGACAGUUAUAAGGAAAAAGAUAAUAGAAGCAGUUAAAACAUGCAUAGUACUUAUUAUUUUUGAGAUAUUUUUCUAAGCUCUUUGCCCUGCUAGAUCGGUAUUAUUAUUGUUUCUGUUGUAUAUAUAAGGAAAACUUGGUUUAGAGAAAUUCAGUCAUUUGCUCAACAUAGCCAGUAAGUGGGCCCAGCUGGGAUUUGAACCAGUUCUUUGGCUCUAGAGUUGAUUUUCUUAACAGCUUCAUUACACUUCUUGUUUAUUCUUGCCUUAAUACUUUUCUUGUUGUAGCCAUUGGACUACUGUUUUCUUUUGGUGUGUAUAAAAAAGCUGGAGGGAAAUUAAAAAUCCUAAAGAAGAAAAAAGAUGAUCUCUAAUCUAACAUUUAAUGGGGUAUAAUUAGAUAUGAUAUAGCUUUAUCUUGAAUACCUACUUGGGUCAGGUAUUUAAAGUAAGACUCUCUAUGACUAGGCUUCUUCAUUUAUAAUUAAUUUUCAGGAUAUAUGCCCUGAAUUAUAACCUUUUUCUUAAACUUUCAUUGUGGGAAUCCUUGAUUACCGUUUUUAUGCUGCAGUAUGUAAAGAUAAAUUCUUGUUAACUUCUUAGCCUAAGCACAUAUUCCUUCUAGCAAUUUCACAAGUAAAAUAUUCUCCCCUCAUCUUCCUUUUGAUCAAAAGCAUUGUUCUUCAUCAACAUCCCCAAAUUCCAAGAAAGAAAAUUCUUCCCUUGUUUUCUCAGCUUUGCAAAACUUUUUGAGUACUUACUGCACGACUAAAGGGACUUUUACUUGUAAUCCUAGUGUCCUGUAAAAGAAAAUGAUCCCUUUGUUCUCAUCCUGUUAUGGUGUCCCAGUUAUAUUAGACAAUUUGCCUCUUCUCACCUUUCUUGUGUAUUUGUCCUUUGCAAAAAUACCUCUUACAGUUUUGUUUCCAAAUAGCCGCAGUAGAAAUGUGAGUUGGUUAAUACUGAGAGUGUAUUUUUUGCCAAGACCAUUCAUUUUCCAAUAUUAUGGAGUCAUUUUUUCCUUCUUGUUCAGUAUGUAUUUGUGGCAUCUUCCCAAUUAAUUAAUGACUCGUGUUCUCAUCAUGUAGGUGAACAGAUAUACUUGGAUGCUUCUCAGUCACCUCUUUCUCAAAAGACCAUGUUCAUUUCCUUCUCAUUUUCCCUGAACCUUUUGUUCUAAGAAAUGUGCUUUAUUCUUUUUUAAAUUUACCUUGCAUCCAAACUUCUUCACACCCGUGCUAUGUAUAUAUACAUAUAUAUGUGUGUGUGUUGUAAGUCCCUUUUUAUGAUUUAAUGGGGUAGAAGGACAGAAAGGUUUAAACUUGCUUAUUAUAAUGUUUUCAGAGUCCCAGUAAGUGAGGUCCCACAGGGCCUAGUGAAAAGUGUAACAGGUAAAGUCUAAAUUUUUAGUGACUUAAAAUACUUUCUACUUCUUGCUCAUGUGGCAUAUAGUUCAGUACUUAAGUCCUGAUAAAGUGGCUUUCCAUUGGGUCAUUCGAGGAAUCAAGUUCUUUAUCCUCUUCCUGGGUUCGUCCUCCUAAGUCCCCUGAGUCCAUAUUCAGGCAAGGAGUGAAGAGAGAAAUGUCCUGGCAAGUUUCAUAGGAUGUUUUUAUACGCCCAUACUGGGAGUGGUUAUCAUGGCUUUUGCUAACACUGCAUUGAGCAGAACUUUUUUACUUGGCCAUUCCUCCCUGCAAGGAAAGCUAAGAAAUGGAGUCACACUGAGUGCCCAGAAAAAGUGGUAUGGUGAAUAACUAGCAGAUUUUCAACAAAUGGUGAUGAGCAGUUGAAGUUGAGAUGAAUAACAUAUUUAGGGGAAUCUUUGACCUACAAUACCUCCACAUUAUGUGGUCCCAAGAACUUCCCUAAAAGAUUAAAGGUUGAACAAAACUUAAAAGAAGCAGCGAUUCUAUUCAUUUGAUACUGGACUUGAAACUCCUUUGACCUCAGAAACUGAAGAUGAGGUUGCCAUGGGAACUGCUGGUACUGCAAUCAUUCAUGUUGUGCCUUGCAGAUGACUACACACUGCACGGCCCUGUUUUUAUUCAGGAACCAAGUCAUGUGAUGUUCCCUUUGAAUUCUGAGGAGAAAAAGGUGAAGCUCAAUUGUGAAGUUAAAGGGAAUCCAAAGCCACAUAUCAGGUGGAAAUUAAAUGGAACAGAUGUUGACAUUGGUGUGGAUUUCCGCUACAGUGUUGUUGAAGGCAGCUUGUUGAUCAAUAACCCCAAUAAAACCCAAGAUGCUGGAACGUACCAGUGCAUAGCAACAAACUCAUUUGGAACAAUUGUUAGCAGAGAAGCAAAGCUUCAGUUUGCUUAUCUUGAAAACUUUAAAACAAGAACAAGAAGCACUGUGUCUGUCCGACAAGGUCAGGGGAUGGUACUCCUAUGUGGCCCACCAGCCCAUUCAGGAGAGCUCAGUUAUGCCUGGAUCUUCAAUGAAUACCCUUCCUAUCAGGAUAACCGCCGCUUCGUUUCUCAAGAGACUGGGAAUCUGUAUAUUGCCAAAGUAGAAAAGUCAGAUGUUGGGAACUAUACCUGUGUGGUUACGAAUACAGUGACAAAUCACAAGGUCCUGGGACCACCCACACCACUAAUAUUGAGAAAUGAUGGGGUGAUGGGUGAAUAUGAGCCAAAAAUAGAAGUGCAAUUCCCAGAAAUGGUGCCGACCGCCAAAGGAACAACAGUCAAGCUGGAAUGCUUUGCCUUAGGAAAUCCAGUACCAACUAUUAUUUGGAGAAGAGCUGAUGGAAAGCCUAUAGCAAGGAAAGCCAGAAGACACAAAUCCACUGGAAUUCUUGAAAUCCCCAAUUUUCAGCAGGAGGAUGCUGGUUUAUAUGAAUGUGUGGCUGAAAAUUCAAGAGGGAAAAAUGUAGCAAGGGGACAGUUGACUUUUUAUGCUCAACCUAAUUGGAUUCAAGAAAUAAACGAUACACAUGUGGCCAUUGAAGAAAAUGUCUUUUGGGAAUGUAAAGCAAAUGGAAGGCCCAAACCUACAUACAGGUGGCUAAAAAAUGGUGAACCACUAUUAACUCGGGAUAGAAUUCAAAUUGAGCAAGGAAUGCUCAACAUAACAGUAGUGAACCUCUCAGAUGCUGGCAUGUAUCAGUGUGUGGCCGAGAAUAAACACGGAGUUAUCUUUUCCAGCGCAGAGCUUAGUGUUAUAGCUGCGGGUCCAGAUUUUUCAAGAACCCUCUUAAAAAGAGUAACUCUUGUCAAAGUGGGAGGGGAAGUUGUCAUCGAAUGUAAGCCAAAAGCUUCUCCUAAACCUGUUUACACCUGGAAGAAAGGAAGGGACAUAUUAAGAGAAAAUGAAAGAAUUACCAUUUCUGAAGACGGAAGCCUCAGAAUUGUCAAUGUGACUAAGUCAGAUGCUGGAAGUUAUACCUGUGUAGCCACUAACCAUUUUGGAACUGCUAGCAGUACUGGAAACUUGGUAGUAAAAGAUCCAACAAGGGUGAUGGUCCCCCCUUCCAGUAUGGAUGUCACUGUUGGAGAAAGUAUUGUUCUGCCAUGCCAGGUAACACAUGAUCACUCGCUGGACAUCGUCUUUACUUGGUCAUUUAAUGGACACCUGAUAGACUUUGACAAAGAUGGGGACCACUUUGAGAGAGUCGGAGGGCAGGAUUCAGCUGGUGAUUUGAUGAUCCGAAACAUCCAGCUGAAGCAUGCUGGGAAAUACGUCUGCAUGGUCCAAACAAGUGUAGACAGGCUGUCUGCUGCUGCAGACCUGAUUGUCAGAGGUCCCCCAGGACCCCCAGAGGCUGUGACCAUAGAUGAAAUUACAGAUACCACUGCUCAGCUCUCCUGGAGACCCGGGCCUGACAACCACAGCCCCAUCACCAUGUAUGUCAUUCAAGCCAGGACUCCGUUCUCCGUAGGCUGGCAAGCAGUCAAUACAGUGCCAGAACUUAUUGAUGGGAAGACAUUCACAGCGGCUGUUGUGGGUUUGAACCCUUGGGUCGAGUAUGAAUUCCGCACUGUUGCGGCCAAUGUGAUUGGGAUCGGGGAACCCAGCCGGCCCUCGGAGAAGCGGAGGACAGAAGAGGCUCUCCCCGAAGUCACCCCAGCUAACGUCAGUGGUGGCGGAGGCAGCAAAUCUGAACUGGUUAUAACCUGGGAGACGGUCCCUGAGGAAUUACAGAAUGGUAGAGGCUUUGGCUAUGUGGUGGCCUUCCGGCCCUAUGGCAAAAUGAUCUGGAUGCUGACAGUGCUGGCAUCAGCCGAUGCCUCCAGAUACGUGUUCAGGAAUGAGAGUGUGCGCCCCUUCUCUCCCUUUGAGGUUAAAGUGGGCGUCUUCAACAAUAAGGGAGAAGGCCCCUUCAGUCCCACCACAGUGGUAUAUUCUGCAGAAGAAGAACCCACCAAACCACCAGCCAGCAUCUUUGCCAGAAGUCUGUCUGCAACAGACAUUGAAGUUUUCUGGGCCUCCCCCAUGGAGAAGAAUAGAGGACGGAUACAAGGCUAUGAGGUUAAAUACUGGAGACAUGAUGACAAGGAAGAAAAUGCUAGAAAAAUACGAACAAUUGGAAAUCAGACAUCAACAAAAAUCACCAAUUUAAAAGGCAGCGCGCUGUAUCAUUUAGCUGUCAAGGCAUAUAAUACUGCAGGGACAGGCCCAUCCAGCGCAACGGUCAAUGUGACAACCAGAAAGCCACCACCAAGUCAACCCCCCGGAAACAUCAUAUGGAAUUCAUCGGACUCCAAAAUUAUCCUGAAUUGGGAUCAAGUGAAGGCCCUAGAUAAUGAGUCGGAAGUAAAAGGAUACAAAGUCUUGUACAGAUGGAACAGACAAAGCAGCACAUCUGUCAUUGAGACAAAUAAAACAUCAGUGGAGCUCUCUUUGCCUUUUGAUGAAGAUUAUAUAAUAGAAAUUAAGCCAUUCAGUGAUGGAGGAGAUGGCAGCCCCAGUGAACAAAUUCGAAUUCCAAAGAUAUCAAAUGCCUAUGCAAGAGGAGCCGGGCCUUCUACUUCGAAUGCAUGCACACUGUCAGCCAUCAGUACGAUCGUGAUUUCCCUCACAGCUAGGUCCAGUUUAUGACAAAAGUUAUCUAAAGGACUUGCUAUUUAUAAUAUAAGCAACAUUUAGCUAGUUGUUUUGAAGACACCCAGUACUAAGUAAUAUUGUUGUUCAAGUACAUCUUAUUACUGGAAAAAAAAAAUGUUUUUUGCUUCUUUAGGAAUGGCAUUAUACAGUACUUCCUCAAAGCAAACCUAGCUUUGUCUGAAGUUUCUUUGGAAACUCUGCAAUGCACUGAAGACAUCUGUAAUAUGAUGUUACCAAAGCAGUUUACAUAUGUCCUUAUAUGCAUAUUUUUUAUUAUAUAUUUAGUGUUUUAUAGAAUUUUUUAAAGUUAACAUGAAAUGUAGAUAUUAAUUUUUUCCUCUGCUGUAAAAUGCUAUGGGCAACACAAUCAUACAAUUAUUAUUUGAAAAUAUUUCCUUUAAAGAAAAAGUUUGAAACUCAUAUUGAUAAAUAAAUUAUAAACUGUACAGUUUUACAAGGAUUCAGUGGCAGAACAGCUGAAGAUUUGGUCUGGAACUUAAGGCUGCGAUGUGUAAAUGACUCUUUGGAUAGUUAACACAUUGAAUCAAGUCCUUUUUGACAUGUACAAUAUGUUUUCCCACCCUCUUGUGAAUUUUGUUGUUCAACACAACUUGAGAUGGUUUCAGGAAUGGUUGUGAACUAGAAACCUAAACUAACUGCCCAAGAGGUACCUUGUGCAAUAUUCCCAUCCCUGAAUUUAGCAUUGUACAGUAAGACUUUCUUUUCACUCAGCUAAGUUAGCAUUGUGUCUGUAGUAGCAUUAUCUUAGGCAUUAAAUUUGAAGUUACCUAUCCAGUAGUAACAUAGACCAAAAGUUACUAUAGUCAACCAACUCUUUCAAAGGAUAAAAGAUAAUUUUACUAUCUUUAACUGUAUCUGUCUUGAAUGUACAUUUUUUAAAAAGGUAAUUCUCUGUUGUUGGAUUCAUAAUUUCUUUAUAUAUGUGUAUCUCUUUAAUAAUAGAGCCCUUCUUUUGAAUCAAAAUCAUGUAUGGAGUUUGGCACAUUUCUCCUAUUUCAGCAGAUAGUUGCUGCGAAGAAAUUUUUCACGACACUACAAAAGAUCUUUAGUAUAACUGUAUAUUAUCUUGAUGAUUAUCCUGUUUUGCAGUAAGUAGCUUAGUUGCUUUAUAAGCUUUACCUUCUAAGUCUUAAAAUCACAUAUUGGAAAAUUACAGUAUAAAAAACCACCUAUUCUUAUGAAAAGAACUAUUUGUUAUAAUGGGGGAGGUUUUGUAAGCAGCUGACACUUGUGGAACAGUGCAUAUAAAAGGCAAUGAAAUUUUCUAUAAAAAUUUUCACAUGUGAACACUCUGCCACCUUUUAUUCUUUCUCAGAGAGCUCAAAUUUGCCUGUAAUUUGUCAUUUUUUGCUUACAAAUAAUAUAAGUUAACUUUUCAACCUUCUAACUCUAUUUAUCGAACAAGGUCCUGUCCUAAUCAGGAUUCCACUUGUGUAAAAAAUAGGGUGGUAACCAGAAAAAAAAAAUUAUUGUCAGUAUUUCAAGCUGUGUUCCUUUCUUAGUUUGAUAUGGUUACUUCUAUGUUAAAAUAAAACAAAACUUAAAAUCACACACACAAAAAAAUCAACAAAACAAUAAAAUGAAUGAAAAAAAAAUGAUACCCCAGGUAGUUCCCGACCCCAGUGUAAAUGAUAUUUACCAGUGAUCUAGCAUAUGUAAUCUUUUUUUAAAGGUAUUGUUAAUAAAUAUUCUGUCAUUUGUAAAGAUACUUGUCUUUUGGGAGCAUUUUUCCUGCCUGCCUGUCAGGGAAUUUGUUAGCUCACCCUUGUGCUAGUCAUAAUUUGACAUGACAGAGGGACUCCAAAGUCUCUGGCCAUGAUCUAAAGCUAGGUGACUCAGAGUAUCCCUUUGGAAUUGACAACCCCGAAGACACCAUUUCAAAUCCUCUUUGCAAGCAGAGAGGGUCAUAAUCCACAAAUAAAUGUCCUGAAGAUCAAACUUGAAUAUUUCCUCUUGAUUACCUAAGUCUUUUGCAUAUUUAACCUAUGGAUAUCUGUUGUUUUAAGCUUUCCUCAACCCCAUAGCCAAAAGGAUAAAAUCUAAACUUGAUCGUUUAAGGCCCUUAAUCUAAUAACAACUUAACUUUGUACCCAGCUACACUGAGCCCUCACUGGCCCCUGAACACUGCUUGCUUUUGAUCUCACCUCUGUGCCUUUUGAUGUAUGGCUGACCCCUCCUGACAUGCCCUCCCCACCCUUAUUUCUCACCCAAUUCCUGACUGUCCUAGGGUAGCUCCAGCCCCAGGCGUCUGCGAAGUCUUCCCACACCUCAGCCCUUUAGGAUGUCCUUCCUCUGGGUUAGCUACAUUCCCUGUCAAUACCACUCAUUUAGUAAUUAAUCAGGUACUACUUUUGGAAAUCUCUUGUACUGUUAUCUUGCAUUUUAAGUUAACUCCUGUAUUGUUACUUAAUUUUCCUUGUACUUAUGCCUUGUCUUCCCAGCUAGAUUGUAAGCUCCUUGAGGGCAGGGACUUUGGUCUUAUCUUCCAUGUACUCUCCAUAGUGCCUAGCACAGUGCCUUGCAAUAAAUAAUCAUUGAUUAAUUGAAGGGGUCUUUGAAGUAGCAUUUUGCAUCAGUUGCCUGCCUAUGUACCCUAGUGACCCAAACAGAGAAGACCGUGUCACUAUUUUUGUUAGGUGGUGAAAAGCAUUAGAAGGCCUGGCUUCAAACUUUAUGCUUUGAAAAAGUCCUGUUAUCUCUCCGCUUCAUCGUCUGGUAAAUGAGGACCUGGAUUAGCUGAGUCCACCUGAGCUGAAGGUAUUUUAGAAAGUGCUUCAUAGACACCUUCACCCACACGUGUCUGAUUUCUUUGGCUUCUGUGUUUGUUGUUGCAGGUUGGGUUCACUGUUUGCAAGCAACAGAAAACCACUCUGGCUAAAUUGAACAAACAAAAAGGAAUGACACUGAUUAGGUCACAUGAGCCAAGAAAAGGCUGAAUGACCAAGCCUUGAUGACAAUAAGAACCAGGCUAUGCUAAGAACCAGACCACAGCAACUCUGAAAAGUCUAUUCCAAGUGCUUUUUUGGGAAUAAAUUGGAUUUGUUUAUGA